AUGGCCACAUCAACAGGUAACGUGGAGAAAAUGUCAAAGUUUGACACUUUAAAACUUCUGGAGAAAUGCAGGAAAGAAAGAGAUGAUGCGGUACAGAGAGAAACUCAGCUCAGAGAGAAACUGAAGCAGUAUGAGUCCAGGCUGAGGUCCACUGAGGCGCUAAGACAGAAACUCAGGCACGUGUCUUUGGACAACAAGGAGCUGAGGAGGAUGGUGAAGAGCCUUCGCACGGACUUGGGUUUGGAGUCGAGUCCAAAGUUCCAGGGCAAGACCACAAAGGACAUCGUCAACGACCUGCAGGAGAAAGAGCACCAGUGCAGCUCCUUAACUGAGAAAAACGGCAAGCUGAGUGUGAGGAUCGACGAGCUCGCGUCUCAGCUCGCGAACACGAUUACGUCAAAAGCCAUUGUGGAGGAGCAGAUGCAGUCGUUGCAGCAGAAUCUGAAGGACAUGACCAACAAUCAGCGGAGGCUGCUGAAGCUCUGGGAGGACAAGAGGGUGCAGAGGGAGCAGCUCUUCCUCCCGUCCAUCUCGCAGAGACCCGGGACGCGGCCCGUUGUUGCGCACAAAGCCGUGCAGACCGACAUGUCCAUCGGCGCCGCCUACAAGUUACCGCCCACCGCGUUCGAACUCAAACCGUAUCGGCGGGAAAGUGAGAGGAACAAGUCAACUUUAGACAAGCUUGGCAUUAAUAACUCUCUACAGAAUGGUAUCUAUCGAGACAAGACGUCCCUGACACAGUACGAACACAAGCCUCUGCAAAACUGACUGGAAGUUAAAAUACAAAGAAGUAGUAGUCUUUUUUGCACAGUUUAGCUCAUGGAAAAGGCACUGUGUCAGUGUCACAACACCCCCGGACUGUUUUUAACUAAAUGUAACUCAAGGAAUA